CCACCUCACACUCUCACUAAUCCUGUCUCACUCUCUCACCCCUCGCUCUCCCUUUCCUCUUUCCCUUUCCCUUUGAUUCCCAUAUAAUUAUUUUCCCAGCCCCAUGAGGACCAUGAGGAGCCUUAGCUAGCCAGCCAGCCAGCUUGCCCUCUCAUCUCCCACUACCUCCAAGCCUCUAUCAAGCACCACAACCUUUAGCCGCACACACACCAGAAUUGAAGGAAGCACACACGCACAAGGCCGGCCGGCAGCUGCACGAAGGAAAGGAGAACACAAGAGCUUGCCAAACCCUAGCUAGCACAAGGCUCACUUUCUCCUGAUAACAUCACCACCCACCCACCCCACACCAUGAUCUUCCCCCCUUCAUUCCUGGAUUCCUCGAGCUGGAAUGAUAACCAGUUGGAUUUUGAGCAGCAUGCUCACCACCAGCAGGUCGCGGCCGCAAGUUGUGGUGGUGGCGCCGGCGACGGCGGCUGCAACAACCAUGAGCUCCUGCAGCCGUCAAUCAUGCAGCAGGGGACGCUUGCUGAAGGUGGGGACGGCGGCGGCGGCGGCGGCGGGCAGGUGGUGGGGCCGGUGAAGCCCAUGUCCAUGUCGGAGCGCGCGCGGCUGGCUCGGGUGCCGCUGCCGGAGCAGGGGCUCAAGUGCCCGCGCUGCGACUCGGCCAACACCAAGUUCUGCUACUUCAACAACUACUCCCUCUCGCAGCCGCGCCACUUCUGCCGCGCCUGCCGCCGCUACUGGACCCGCGGCGGCGCGCUCCGGAACGUCCCCGUCGGCGGCGGGUACCGCCGCCAUGCCAAGCGCGCCAAACCCAAGCAGGCGGCCGCGGCAGCGGCAGCGGGGCCACUGGCGGCCAACGGCGCCGCUUCGGGUGGGUCCACGACGUCAUCGACGACUUCCGCUUGCACGACCAUGUCCAACCCGGCUCCCGUGCUCCCGGCGAUGCUGCAGAACGGCGGCGGUGGCAACCUGUCCGGCCUCCUGCCGCCGCUGCUCCGCCUCGCGGACUUCGAUGCCAUGAGCCUUGGCUCCACCUUCUCCGGCAUGGGCAAGCCGUCCGCCGUCGACUCGGCAGCGGGCUACUACCUGGGAGGCGGCGGCGGCGGUGCCGUGGCCGGGCUGGAGCAGUGGAGAGUGCAGCAGAUGCAAGGCUUCCCGUUCUUCCAAGCAAUGGCCGACCAGCAGCACACACUGGGGCCAGCUGCAGCGCCUGCAAUGGCCAUGCCGGGGAUGUUCCACUACCUAGGCUUGGGCAACGGCGGUGACGGCCGCGGCGGCCAUGAAGACGACGGAGGAAACCAACAGUUUCAUCACGCGAUGCCGUCAAAGAGAGAAGGCUACCCGAGAUCAGGCAGCAUCGCCAUGUACGGUGGUGAUCACCACCUCGCUGCUGGCGCUGGCUACACAAGCUCCUACUCCAAUGCUGCCACAGGUAACCACCUCUUGUGAUGAAUGAGCUAAGCUAAUGGCGAGCUCAGAUUAAUCCUACAAUUAGCGGUAGCAUGGACUUGGAGGGUGCUGUGAGAUAUAGAAAAGGCUUUUGCAUUUGUUGUGCAUUGUGUUUCAUGGAAGAACUAGACAAGGUCGAUCAUGGAGAAGGAUAAGGAUGCUGCAUGGUGUUGUGUGCUUGCUUAAUGAUCAUGGACAACUAUUAGUGUUAAUUAGCUAGUUUAGCUAGCAUGAUCACUUGCUGUCUUUCUUCUACUUCUUCUUACUUAGGGCUCUUUUUUUUUUGCGCAUUCGGGGUGAAGUUAUGUGUGUAUUGUAUCACUUUGGUUCAUGACAAUCUUAUAUUAUAUGUCAAUUGUCUGGUCGAUGUACAA